AAUUAAAGUUUUGGAGAAAAAAAAAAACAAAAUAAACGAAAAAGGAAAGAACUUCAUCUUCUCCCAGAGGGAAUCUAGGGUUCUAGAUUUAUCUCUUCGUUUCUCAGGGAUUUGUUAUUCUUCUUCUUCUUCUUCCCAUCGAUCUCGAGCUUCUGGUCUUCUAGAAAGUUUCAAUCUUUAUACAUUUCGAGUAACAGAAUCGAAAACGAGAGGAACCAAAGAAACCUAGCUUAAAUCGAGCUCGCAAGUCGGUGGGAAAAAACCCUAGAUUUCAUGGCGAAAACUCGACCUGGUGUCGCUUCUUCUGCGAAGGGAAAGCUUGGCAAGAAAGAUAUCGACUCGUAUACUAUCAGAGGCACCACCAAAGUUGUCAAAGUGGGCGAUUGUGUUUUAAUGCGUCCAUCUGAUGCUGGUAAGCCUCCAUAUGUGGCCUGUGUUGAGAAGAUUGAAGCAGAUGCAAGGAACAAUGUGAAGGUGCAUUGUCGAUGGUAUUACCGUCCUGAAGAAUCACUUGGGGGAAGGAGACAGUUCCAUGGAGCCAAAGAGCUCUUCUUGUCUGAUCACUACGAUGUUCAAAGUGCACACACCAUUGAAGGGAAAUGUAUCGUUCACACCUUUAAAAACUACACUAGGCUUGAAAAUGUUGGAGCGGAAGAUUAUUAUUGUAGAUUUGAGUAUAAAGCUGCUACUGGCGCAUUUACCCCUGAUCGUGUUGCUGUGUACUGCAAAUGUGAAAUGCCGUAUAACCCAGAUGAUCUGAUGGUGCAGUGUGAAGGGUGCAAGGACUGGUAUCACCCAGCAUGUGUAGGCAUGACGAUUGAAGAAGCCAAGAAGCUGGAACACUUUGUAUGUGUUGAAUGCAGCUCUGACGAAGAUGGACUCAAAAGAUCUCAGAACGGGUUUGCUUCGUCACCAACCAAUGAUCUUAAGGUGGAAGCCAAACGCCGGAAAAGAUGAUCGCGGGUAAGAGCCUCUUAUGAGUGGGUAGUAAGUUAACCUGAAGCUAUUUGGGUGCAGAUUUAAAUUCGUUAGGGUUUUGUCAUUUGAUGUUGUGAAAAAAGAGAGAAAGAAGAACCAGAGAAUAUGCAAAGAGCUGUAUAGCCGAAAAUUUCAUGGGAAUAACUUAAAUAAGUUUCAAGGCACCUGAAAGAUUGUUUUA